AUGAUGGAAACUGCAAAAAAGGAUUAUAAGGAGAAAACAAAUUUUUCUGGGUUUAUUAAAAUGGAUGUGGAUAUGACUAAUGAUUUUACUUCUAUUGUCGGUAAUAGAUUAGAUACCAUACAAAAAAGAAAAGAAUAUAAAGAGAAAGCUGUAAAAAGUUGGCGGUAUAAUCUUCAAUUUGAACCAGAUAAAAGGCGAACACCAGUAAAAGUUGACUUUAAUUUAAAUAUAAAAUUUGCUGCUGCAUGUAAAGCUUCAGAUUUUCAUGACAUCAAAAAAUAUUUAGAUGAGGGUGCUAAUAUCAAUUAUGUUGGACCAGAUGGUUUAACAGCUUUACAUAAUGCUAUUAUUGAUAAUAAUUGUGAGAUUGUUAAACUUUUAGUGGAAAAUGGUUCUGAUGUUAAUAUUCAAGAUCCAAUGUAUUGGACACCAUUACAUUCUGCCAUUGAAAUGGGAAAUUUAGAAAUUAUUCAAAUUUUAUUAGAUAAUGGUGCUGAUCCAUCAUUAAUGAAUAGUGAUGAAAAAUUACCAAUAGACUUGGCAAAAGAUGAUAAUAUUAUUAAAGUAAUAAAGAAAAAAAUGGAUGCAUUAGAAAUGGAUAUUGAUGAUUUACGUAUUAAAGAACGACAAUCUAUAAGGAGAGAUAUAUUAAAAUGGUAUAAAGAUAAAAAAUGGGAUGAAAAACCUCAUCCAUUGACAGGAUGUUAUGCAAUUCAUGUUUGUGCUGCAAAGAAUUACCUUCCUGAAUUGUAUGCUUUGGUUGCCCAUAAAAUAUGUGAUCCAAAUAUUAAAGAUUAUGAUGGAUGGACACCUUUACAUGGUGCUGUUUAUUGGAAUAAUUAUGAUGCAGCUAUUCUUUUAAUAAAUAAUGGAGCUGAUAUACAUGCUAAAACUAACAUUAAUGAAAAUAUUUUAGACAUUUGUGAUACAGAUGAAACAAAGAAUCUUGCAAAAGAUAUUUUAAAUGAAGAUAAUCAAUUAAAGGAAGAUAUCGCAAAAUAUGAAUUGGAUAAAUUUCAAUUACCAGAUGAGAAAAGUGAUGUUUCUGAGACAGAUGGUGAUGAGUCAAUAACUAAUGAAUCUGUUGAUGAUGUUACAAUAGUUAAACCAAAAAAUAUUGAAGAAACGAGUACAUCAAAUAGUAUGGCAAACAAUGAGAAUGUUGAUAAAUUUAUAAGUGGUGUUCCUUGGGAUAGGACAAAUAAACUUAAGAAAGUUGAAAAUAAUGUUAAAUUGUUUAAUUCUAUCAAUGCUAAUCGUUGUAAUGUUGUCCUACCUAAUCAAAAAAUGACUCAUGAUGAAUCUGAAUCAGAAAGAAAAAUGAUAAGCAAACAAAGAAGAAGCGCAAGAAGAUCAACACGUGGUAUUACACAAGAAGAACUUAAAGAAGUAAUUAAUACAACAAAAAAAAAGGAUGACAUAUUAUUUACUUCAUCUAGUAGUUCCUAUGAAGAUUCUCUUAAUAAACUGCCUUUUAUUAAUUCACGGUCAAAUGUUUUGAAACGUUCUGAAAUUUAUAACAGUGAUAAAACUAAUCACGUGGAAACAUUUAUUCAAAAAACAAAUCCACUGCAAUCACACACUUCACCUAAUAACCAAACUUCUAUAUCACCAAGUUAUUGUCUUAAAGAUGUGCAUAAUAAUUGUGAAGAAAACGGUUAUAAUGAUCAAAAUAAACAAUCUCAAGAACAUGGUACCAAAAUGUAUAAAUUUUUAGAUACUAAUUUACCAUCAAAAAAACCAAUCUCUUUUAGUCAAUCUUUUACACCAUACACGAAUUUAUCAAUAAAAAGUAAUAAAAAUUCUGAAAUAUCUGAUUGUGUAGAAAAAACACCUAUUAAAGUUAGUGAAAAUCUUUCUAAUAUUACAUCAAAUGAAGAUACCAAAAAUGAUAAUACUUCUACUAAAUUAUCAAAAUUACCUACUAUAUAUAAAAAUGAUGAAAAGGGAGAUGAUAAUGAAAUUAAUUACAAAACAUUGUAUCUUCUUGAAAAAGAAGCACAUGAAAAACUUCAAAAAGAUUUUAUUAAACUUCAGAAUGAAAAUUCUAUGUUUAAACAAAAAUUAGAUAAAAUGGAAUUAGAAUUAAAGAAUUCCCAAAAUGAAAGAGAUAAACUUGAACAACUAAAAAGUGAAAAUAGUGCUUUGGUAAGAGUUCUCGGCAAACUUACCAAAGAAGAUGGAUAUAAAAAAAAUUGA